UAUUACCUCUGAUGGAGGCAGCUACACUGUUUAAUGCACAGAGCAGCACCACGGACAACAGGGGAUCUGUAAUUACACAAAGUACUAAAUAAACUCAGGUGUUUUGUCUUUGCUGUUGCCUGGUGCAUGGUGAAGCGAUGCUUCCAUCUUCAAAUCUGUGCUCAGUGGGCUUGCUUCCAAACUUCAAGUUGUGCCCUACAGAUAAAUUUCUGCAUUUUCCUACUGUUCAAUUAAGUACAACUGGCUUUUCUUCAGGUCGGAAAUAUUUCACUGAUGUUUUGUUUUGUAAGUUGCAUUGCAAAUGUAUUGUAUACAGAACAGUUGUAUAGUGGGUGUAGCCACAGAUGGGGGAAUGACCUAUACCCACCUUAUAUCAGGUGGUGAUCACAAAGCUCUUGGGUUAAUUUAGAGAAGACAUGAGCGUUAAAGGGCACUAGAAGAAGCUGAACAUGUGAAGCCUUUGAUUACUAAAUUACAUUUCUUAUGUGCAGAGCCUAGGUUAAGGCAAAAGCUGAAGAAAAAGUGUAGGCAGGAUUAAAUGUUCAUUUAAUGCUUUAUGUUUCUGGGAGGGUUUUUCCAAGCUUUUCUUUCUCUCAGCAUCACAUUGAAGAAAUCACAAAUAGUAUAAAUGGUUUUCAGUGUAGGGCACUUUUGUUAGUAAAGGAUUAUAAGAGUGCAGAUGAGGCUAAAUUCCCAGUGCCUGGAUUCUGUGGUAGCAUAAGUAACUUCAACUUUUGUGUUAGAAUGGAGCUUACGGUCAUCUCUGUAUCAGUGCAUUUACAUGUGUGAAUUAAUCUGGAAAGCACUUUUGGUUUUGGGUUAGGUUUUUUUUCCCCUUAUUUUUGUUGUAUUUAUGGGAAAACCAUGCAGAUACUAUGUCUUCUGUUAUAGCCCUUGAGAAUAAAGUCCUUUUUUGUAGUAUAACUAAUAUAAUAUUAUUGACUUUUCAGAGUACUUAGAUCGCCUGUUUUUUCAGUUGUUUAUGAAAUGAUUGAUUUUAAACAAAACAAAACAAACAAACAAAAACCUUCUGUUGUAAAAUUACUUAUUUUUACACCUGGGAUCUUUGCAGAAGCCAAGGAGAAAAUAGUGGCCAGUCUGCAGGGAAAUUGUGCUGCAAUGUAUACACUCUCUUAGGUGUAGUUUUGUAGGUUUUAGAUGCCCAAUUCUCAUCUGAUCUUGUAGCCUCUGUUCCCUUAGGGUCAGUAAAGCAGGGACAAAAGCCUCACAGGGGUUGUGCGCUAUGUUACUAGGUAAGAUAGGCACAACUCUUUUCUUUCACAGCAGUUUUCCACCAAAACUCUGUCACAUGCCAAAAAAAUACAUACUUUGUUCUGCUAAACCUCAAUAUCGGCAUUUCUGGCAAUAUUUGGUUACCCAAUAUUCUAGGUAAUAGUAGAACAUCCUGCCCAGUCCCUCUAAGUUUCUCAAACAGUCCCUCUAAGUUUCUCUUGAGUAUUGCCAUUGAAGCAGUUUACUGAUGAAGACACAGAGAGUCAGUUCUAAAUUACUGCUGAUUACCUUUGAGAUUGCCCCUCUAGAAACACAAUUUCUGUGGCAUAACUUCUUAUCUGUCACAGCCGCAGCAGCCUCUUGGGGAUCUGGAAUACCUCCAUCACUGCCUCAGUGUGUGCUGUUGUCCCAUCUGCAAUUUGGCCAUAACCAUGACUGCUUAGUCUCUCAGGUGGUACAUUAGAAUGAGACAUCUUGUGGCUCUCCAGCUUCUUUUUCCAACUGGAACUGUUUAUUUUCAUGGAUGUUUUACAAUUGGUCCAUAGGACAGUAGUGAAGUAUUGGGUGAAGAAGAAUUGAGUGUUUGUUUGAAUUAAACAAAGGAUGAAAAGCCAUUGAAUACAAUCCCAGUGAUAGAGCUGUUGAUGAAGCAACCUUUGUAUUGGCAGUAGAUUACAUUUGGGUCAAAAGCUUAGUAUCAAGGCUCACAGUAUCUUAUCUACAAUUCACAAGAUUUUUUUUGUGAAUUCGAAUUAAAAAAAAAUGCUUUGCAUUUCCAAUAAAUUAAUGUAGCCAGCCGCUUCAAGUUUUGUAGAAGAGUUAGAUAUUAGAACAACCGAAAGCAUAUCCAAGAACCUUACAUAGGUUAACAAAGGGAAUAUAGGAUACAUGUCAGCUGCUGAAUAUCGGUAGAUAAAAACCCAACACACCUUCCCCUGUCACCAGACUAUCAUGAGUACUUCACACAGAGCUUUUUCUGCUGUUGCUUUUGCGAGCAACACAAUUACCCAGAACUCUAGUCAGGGACUAGAAUCCAGAUGUACCUGGAGCUACAGAAACACAGCUGCUGAGUCCGGAAGUUGAAAUAGGGCUUGGCCAUUUAAAAUAAAUUCUGACACAAGAAUUCAUCAUUAGAAUCUAAAUCUAAGGAUUCCUAUUUAAGAAGCUGUGGGCACCUACACUGGGGGGAAUUCAGGUCUGGCUUAUUUUUAGGGGCAACCUUGUAUUUGUAGAAAGUUGAGUUGUGGGAGAAGACUGAAGUAGAGAGAUCAAGGAGGGCUUUGAUAGUGAUACAGCUUGUCAAAUGCACUUACAGAGAGCAGAAUAGAAGCUAUACAAGGAUGUGCACCCGUGCAACAAAUGCUUUCAGUGUAGGCACUCUAUUGUGCUAAUUUCUUUCUAAAUUUAUUUUUUCAUUAACAGAAUGACUGAGUGUUGCAUAUAGGACAAAAAUUCAGCUAACUACCUCUUUUCUUAAUGUAGGGUGGUUGGUUGGACUGCAAACUCCUGUGCUUUAUGAACAGCAUGAGCACUGGAUUCCCCAAAAAAAAACCACCCUCAAACUUAUGUUUUUUUAAAGUCAGUGCAGUGUAACAAUAGUUAGUUCAAACUUGACUUUUUAAAAAUUUUUAUUUUUAGGCUUUUUUUACUGAUUCAUGUGGGUAAACUUCACUCCUGUACUGAAGGACCAGUAUGAGACCUGUCCACCUCCUUCAUCCUGUGUAACUUCUAAUUAAAGUCCUACUUAAAGGAUUUAUGGGGAAUUUAAGGAGAGACUGUCUUUGGGCUGGCCCUUCUUUGUAGGAGUGAAGUUUCAUGCUUUCAGGCUUGCAGGAGUAAUGCAACUUAUUCAUUGUGUUGUAGUUUUCUGAUCUGACAUGGCUGUAAUAACAGAUACUACUCAACCUGGAUGAUUUUUUACUUUUAAAUGAAUGUAAGGUCUUUGGCAAGUGCUGUUAUAUAAGUACAAAUUAUUAUCAUUAUACACCUUCCUUCGCUUUGAUCGAGUUCCUACUUAACACUUCAUUGCAUUAAGUGGUGGACCUUUAUGUGUGGAUCAAACUGACUCUUGUUUGAAAUGGGUACCAUUUCCAUCAGUCCCAGCCGGAACUGAACUCCAGUUCAGUUUAAGGUGGAUCUGACCCAUGCAGGCCCUGAUGGCUUCUUGUUUCCUGCAUAGCUUGUAGUAAAGCUUACUUGGGCAACAAAACCACCUGAAAAUAGGUACCACGUGGUAGCUGCAGCUUGAUACGCUGUCAUAACCGUUCGUCAGGUUCUUACUGUCUUCUCUCUUGCUCCAAAUUUUGGUCUUCUGUAUUAAUUGCCAGCUAUCUUCCAGUUAGUGACCAAAGGGUAGUAAUGUCUGUAUAGGGCAGUCAGGAUUGAUGAAAAAUAUGACAAUAAAAUUAUUUUUAUCACAAAUUACUUAGUGCCAGAGGUUUUGAGAAAAUUAAAUAAUAGAUCAAAUUAAGUACUAAUUCAGUAUUAUGGUAGAUGCUUUGUUUAUUAUCAUUACUGUUUUAUGUCCAGGCAAUCGCCAUAAAUACCUUUUAUUGGUUAGACUUGCUUUACAAGUGUGCUUAUUUUUAGUGUUUGUUUUGUCAAAUUUAAACUUUACCAAGAGCUGAACUUUCAACAUCAGUAGGAAAAGAAUAGCAAUUCAGUGUCUGCAUUUUUGUUGGGUGGUUAGUUGGUUCUUACAUUGUUUGUUAAAAGUAAGAGGUGUUUUGGUUAUAAUAUACCAGUAGAAACAGUGUCAGAGUUUCUGCAAAGGUUGCUGCCUUUUCAGUUUUGCCAUUAUAGGUAGUUUUGACUGACAGUGAUAGUCACUUCAAAAACAUCAUCUGGAUGAGAGAAAUGGUUGAAGUGAAAGGUCAGGUACAGUACAUACGCACUUUUAUGAAAAUGAGCAUGUUGUGCAUGUUUUAUACAUCAGUUUGAAGUCUGGGAUCACUUCAUUACUGCAUGUGGCUGUGGUGUACAGGAACAAUCUUUCCAAAAUAAUUCAAAACUCUUCAGGUGAAAGAUAAGAUUGUUUCAAAGCCUUUUCAUCUUCCUGUUUGUGAAGUUGUGAAAGAAAUAUAAUGAGGGACUGAACAGAUGGUAAAUCCUAAUAUAAGAGCAUAUACUCAGUAAAGCAACCUGUAUUACUCCUGAUUCUACGAGAGCAGUCUAUUUUUUUCCUAUCAUCCCGUAAAGAAAUGUUAAAAUCCACCAUCGGGAGAAAAUAAGAGAAAAGUUAAGAAUCCACAAAUGUUUCUGCAGAAGUGCCAUGUCUUAAAGAAAAAAAACCCUUCAGUUUUUGUUCAGAACAGUAUUAAGAAGGCCCCUGAUGCUCUAAGCAUUGUAAAGACAAAAUUAAUAGCUUGAAAGUUGUGUCCCAAGACUUGUACUUGUUUGCCUAUCUUGUCCUCUAAGUGAAACCACCAAUACUAGUUUUAGCACAUAGACUUAUUAUGGGAAGAAGGUGGAAGAAAACCUUGAAAGAACAUUGAAGGUAAGAGCAAAUUAUGUUAAUAAUUAAACCUGUAACAUUUUCAUGCUAAAAAGCUGCAUUUCAUUUUAGGUGGCAUAAGUUUGUGGUCAGUUCUUGUGGUAACGGGAGAGACUGAGAGACAAGAUCUCUGUAAACAGUAACAGGCAGCUUAACUUGUCUUCACAUAUAUAUUCAUCAGAUGCUUGGUAGAAGGCAUAGGAUAAGGAUCAUCUUUUACUGUGUGUACAGCACCUUGCACAGAUGUAAAAAUAGAGCUUCUGUAUUGGUUAGAGAGCCAAAGUGAGUGCUAUUGCAAUAAGAAUAAUAUGUACCAACACAACUACUAUACUUCAGUGAUUUUUUUUUUUCUGAGAAGUACAUAUAAGUGUUAGGUACUCUACAUUUUUUUCCUCUAAGCGUUGUAUGUGCUAGAUAAAAAGUUUUGGGAUUUUGGUUUGGGAUUUUUUCUUUUCAUGCAAAAAGUGUCAGCUGAUACUUUUGAAAAUCCUGAUAAAGACGAGGCAAAAUCUGACCUUCUCAAGCUCUGCUCUGUCUAUGCUGGUUUUAUGCUGGUUUUUAAAAUGUGAUAACUAAUACCUUUGAAAAGGUGGCUGUUAUUCUAGUGUUUGAGCCAUAUUGAGCAUCCCAUUCCUGAAAAUGUCUCAUUGAUUGCAAUUUACUGUUUAGUGAUAAUCACCAUAGUACCAUGCUCCUAACAUGAGGGCUGCUCUCAAAAGCAUUCGUGCUGAGUCUAGGUAAUUUUCCAGUGUGUUGGGAGGGUUCCCUCUGUCACUUGUUCUCGAUGAAACCAACUCAGUUAUGAUGGCACUGGAGAGAAAAAUCAUUCAGCUGCGGCAACACCCCUAGUUUUUACCAGUUUUGACUGUCAGUGUGACACCUGCAUGGUGACACUGGAAGCUGUACUUCGCCUAGCUCUUUGAUGCAAAACUCAUCAAAUGCAUCGUCAGUCUUUUAACUGGGUGGAGUACCUUUGGGUAGGGAACAUCAGAACCAAGUCCACAGUGCCCUUCAGCCCCUGCAGCGCCGGGUCUGCGUGUGAAUCUUAGAAUCACAGAAUGCCCUGAGUUGGAAGGGACCCACAAGGAUCAUCGAGUCCACCUCCUGUCCCUGCAUGGGACAACCCCACAGUUCGCACCAUGUGUCUGAGGGCCUUGUGCGGUUUGGCUUUGGUCCUUGGCACACACAGGAGGGCAGGUUCCCUGCGGGCUGCUGUUUGCUGGGCAUGUUUGCUGACGUGGCUUCUGAGCAGGGAGGGGGCUACAGUCUGGCGACGUCUCCAAUUUUCAAUGGAGUGGAAAAAAAAAAAUGAUAGGCAUAAACGAUGGCAAACACCUUGUCUUAUUUUAAAGAUGUUUGUUCUUUUCGGAUAAUUUGGAAACAGGACACAGGAACACGGAUUUGUAUUUUGUCUAAAAGCUGAUAUUUUUCUUGAUUACUUUUCUUUGUUCGUAUCUGUAAUUCAUUCUCUUACAGGAUAAUCUGACCCUCCACAGGAUUUCCCUGUAAACAGAUUACAAAAGGAGUGAAUUCCUGAUAUAUGAUUUAGUGAUAUUUUUUUCUUUAUUCCUACUAUUUCCAUACGCUUGGGUUCUCAAGUCUCUUUAGUAUCACAACAGGAAGAGAAGGAAAUUACUCAUUACUGGUUUUAACGACAGAGAGCUUCUGUAAUGGUUUACCUCAAAUAAAAACGGGUUAGAAAUUCUUUCUAAAAAAUCCCUGUCUGUUUUUUGCUGGAGAUGACAAUAAAGCCCUUUUAAAAGGCACAGAGCACAUCAACAACCUGUGCAGAUGGGUCGGUGACAUUAAUUAGAUACCGACAGUGUCUUUAGCAGGAGUCGCUGGUUUCUUCCCGUGAAAGGGCUGUUCCAGGAAUGAGGAAUAGCACACCAGCCGGGGCAUCUUCUCGGAUGUCCUCAUCUCCACCGAGCUGAGAAUGCGGGGAAGGUACCACAGCCUGUUCGUGCUUUCUUUUCCCACUUACCACGUCAGGGGAGAUAGGAUGUGAUGGUUUGUUUGCCCGUGUCACGGUGUCAGCAACAGCAUUUUCAAACAACUUUGACAGGCAAGAGGGAGACGUUUCUCAGACCUGCCCGGUGUGUGUCCGCAGCGCAGCCGUCCCUCCCCGGCGGAGUCAUUUGGCCGGGGCCGCUGCCCUGUCCCGGCUGCCGCUGCCCGGGCUCCCCCUGCCCCGUCCCGGCUCCCCGUGCCCGUCCCGGCUCCCGCUGCCGCAUGGCGGGGCUGCUGGGCGCUGGCCCCGGCUCGUCCCCUCCUUCCCGUCCCGCCGGUUUCAGCCCGGUCGCGCUGCGGGAGCCGCUGCCCCCCUCGCCGCCCCAGCUCCCCGGCCAGCCCGGAGCCCCCAGCCCGGCUCGCUUCCAGCAAGUUGCGGUGGUGCCGUGCUGCCCCCUCCCCGCCGCGCCUCUUGAAGAAAGCGGGUUUUUGUUGUGGUGGUGUUUUUUUUUUUUUUUCCUGUUGUCGGGGAGCGUAAAUCAGCUUCAUCUAAAAUCUCGGAAGUGCAAGUCCAUCAAAUCUUCCUCCCAGCCGCCUGCUACACCUUGCGUGAGUCAGACUGCAGAGCUCCCGGUGCCCUUCUCGCUGUGCGGGGCUGCUCGUGUUUCCCCCUCAGAGGCAAAAGCACAAGUGGAAUCUGCUCACGCUUUCAGCGGUUCCUUCCCCGGUUGUUGUAGCAGUCGCUGACCUCCAGGCACUAUGAAUAAACAGCAAAGCUGGGAACAAAAGGAGUCUUCUGGCUGCCAUUAUCUCACAUUAACAUAGCAGACGCGCUGCGGUGUGAACAAUGCGAGUCUCAUUCGCCGAUAAUCAGCGAGUACCCAGGCAUUUGGAUUACCAAGGCAACAGGCAAUGGUAGAAUACUGGUGAUGGGUCUUUCCCUUACGAUUCUGUUCCCUGGCAGCAAAAUACCAACCAGCCCCCAGGCUCUUUAUCAGUGGUCACCACAGUAUGGGGUGUGACUAACACCUCUCAAAGCCAGGUGCUGGGAAAUCCAAUGGCAAAUGCCAACAACCCUAUGAACCCAGCAGGGAACCCCAUGGCUUCUGGGAUGACCACCAGCAACCCCGGAAUCAAUUCCCCUCAGUUUGCGGGGCAGCAGCAGCAGUUCUCGGCCAAGGCCGGCUCCACUCAGCCCUACAUACAGCAGGGCAUGUACGGGCGGCCCAACUACCCCGGGAGCGGAGGCUUCGGCGGCAGUUACCCUGGAGGCCCAAAUACCCCGGCAGGAAUGGGGAUCCCCCCACACACGAGGCCGCCAGCCGAUUUUACCCAGCCAGCUGCAGCGGCCGCAGCUGCUGCAGUCGCGGCUGCAGCUGCUACUGCCACAGCUACAGCUACAGCCACUGUGGCCGCCCUUCAGGAAACGCAGAAUAAGGACAUGAACCAGUAUGGACCGGUUUGUUCCUCUUUCCAGAUGGGUCCAACCCAGGCUUACAACAACCAGUUUAUGAACCAGCCUGGUCCUCGUGGCCCUGCUUCUAUGCCAGGCAACAUGAACCCAGCAAGCAUGGGAGCAGGAAUGACGCCUUCCAGCAUGAGUGGGCCACCCAUGGGCAUGAACCAGCCCCGGCCACCUGGGAUGAGUCCCUUCAGCACCCACGGGCAGAGGAUGCCUCAGCAAGCCUACCCAGGCCCACGCCCCCAGUCCUUGCCCAUACAGGGCAUAAAGAGACCGUACCCAGGAGAGCCGAAUUAUGGAAACCAGCAGUAUGGACCAAAUAGCCAGUUUCCAAACCAGCCUGGUCAGUACCCCACUCCCAACCCUCCAAGACCCCUUACGUCUCCCAACUACCCGGGACAGAGGAUGCCAAGCCAGCAAAACACAGGGCAGUACCCUCCUCCUACGGUCAACAUGGGGCAGUACUACAAGCCAUCAAGGCCUGUACCUGUGGCAAAUUACCCUCAUUCACCUGUUCCAGGAAACCCCACGCCACCUAUGACUCCAGGGAGCAAUAUUCCUCCAUAUCUGUCACCCAACCAGGAUGUCAAACCACCAUUCCCACCUGACAUUAAACCAAAUAUCAAUGCUUUACCACCGCCUCCAAAUGCUAAAGGGAAAGUUCACACUUUCUCUCCCUCUUCGAUCCCAGCCAACCACAAUGACGAGCUGCGUCUGACGUUUCCCGUGAGGGACGGAGUUGUACUGGAGCCCUUCCGGCUGGAGCACAACCUGGCCGUCAGUAACCACGUCUUUCACUUACGGCCGACUGUUCAUCAGACGCUGAUGUGGAGGUCUGACUUGGAAUUACAGUUCAAGUGCUAUCACCACGAAGACAGACAAAUGAACACAAACUGGCCAGCGUCAGUCCAGGUCAGCGUUAAUGCAACCCCACUUACCAUCGAGCGUGGUGACAACAAGACAUCUCAUAAACCUCUGCACCUAAAGCACGUCUGCCAGCCAGGAAGAAACACGAUUCAAAUUACAGUCACAGCAUGUUGUUGUUCACACUUGUUCGUGUUGCAGUUGGUACAUCGGCCAUCAGUUCGCUCCGUACUUCAAGGUCUACUAAAGAAACGUCUCCUCCCAGCAGAACAUUGUAUCACUAAGAUCAAGAGGAACUUCAGUAGCGUAGCAGCUUCCUCUGGCAACGCGACACUAAAUGGGGAAGAUGGAGUAGAGCAAACUGCGAUUAAAGUGUCUCUGAAGUGUCCGAUCACAUUCCGGCGGAUUCAGCUCCCAGCAAGGGGUCACGAUUGCAAGCACGUACAAUGCUUUGAUCUGGAAUCUUACUUGCAACUGAACUGUGAAAGAGGAACCUGGAGGUGUCCGGUAUGCAAUAAAACUGCUCUGCUGGAGGGCUUGGAGGUUGACCAGUAUAUGUGGGGUAUUCUGAAUGCUAUACAAAACUCAGAGUUUGAAGAAGUUACCAUUGAUCCAACUUGCAGUUGGAGGCCGGUCCCUAUAAAGUCAGAUAUUCACAUCAAAGAUGACCCAGAUGGCAUUCCCUCAAAAAGAUUUAAGACCAUGAGUCCAAGCCAGAUGAUCAUGCCAAAUGUGAUGGAGAUGAUUGCAGCGUUGGGUCCUGGCCCAUCACCUUACCCAUCCCUACCCCCUCCUCCAGGAGGCAACAACUCCACUGAAUAUGGUAACCAAGGCAACAGUUACCAAGGUCAUGGCAAUUUCGACUUCCCGCAUGGGAAUCCUGGUGGCACGUCUAUGAAUGACUUCAUGCAUGGGCCACAGCUGUCACAUCCCCCAGACAUGCCGAGCAGCAUGGCAGCUCUCGACAAACCUCUCAGCCACCCCAUGCAGGAAUCUAUCCCUCAUCCCGGCAGCACUGAUCAGUCCCAUACUUCCAUGCAGCAAGGUUUGCACGUCCCUCACCCCAGCAGCCAGUCAGGGCAGCCAUUACAUCACAGCGGGCCUCCUACCCAGCAGUCCCGGCAGCCGCCCCCGGCCGCUUCUAGCAACCAUCCACACAGUGACCUGACCUUUAAUCCCUCCUCAGCCUUAGAGGGUCAGGCUGGUGGACAGGGAGCACCCGACAUGCCGGAGCCCUCGCUGGAUCUGCUUCCAGAACUCACAAAUCCAGAUGAGCUACUUUCGUACCUGGAUCCUCCUGAUUUGCCAAGCAAUAGCAAUGAUGACCUUCUGUCUCUCUUUGAGAACAACUGAAACCAUAUGUAUUCCCCCAUCCCUUUCACUUGUUCACACGUGUGUGGCUGCACAGCGAGGAAUCUUAACACUCCUUUUCCACAAGAGAAGAAAAAACUCACAACUUGAUCCAGUGGUGCACUCCCUGCUUUCUUCAUCUCAGAACUGCUUUUGUCAGCUUCAAAGACUGCGAAAGUGACGGGAGAAACAAUACAGAAACUUAACUAAAUGCAGUAAUCUCUGAGUCUGCCGUGCUACACGUGACAAAGCAGCAGAGACAGUUGUGCAGCUCUUGGAAACCCCAUUUGUUGUUCAUCCUCUAGAGAGAGAGUUCUGUGAUAAACAUAGUGUGAAGUAUCUUGGCAAAACCAUAUCUUGGCAAGGGAAGAAAAGGCAACAAAAUGGAACUGUCUCUAAUUGACGCGUCUCAGAGUGUCCUUCCAAUGUGUGUUCUUCCAUUUAUUUGAAACUGUAUUUCCCUCCGCCCCACCUGCCCUCUGCCCCUCUCCGACCACAGGUUUGUGUUGGAGUGAUUGUCCUGGCCACACACAAAAAGAAAAACAAAAACACAUACAAAGCUCAAGAAAAGCACAAAUCCUACAGUCAAGUGGCAAAGAUAGGGAAGACACACAGGCCCGUCAGAAGGAGCCAGCAGUUUAGCUAACGCGACUUCAGUGGCGGAGUCCUGAGAAUCUCCAGGCUGCAGCCGUGGGUGUCGGUAUUUCUGCCAGCGCAGGAAUCGGAAUCGCCUCUUUGCAGAGGAUCCCUCUGGCCAAACACACAGAUUGGAAGCACCCAGGAAAAAUAAAAACAAAAAUGUUUCUGAUGUUUAGGGGUUUUUUUGUGGUUUUGGUUUCAAAUCAGUACCCUUGGUGGCUGCAUUAACAUCCAGCUGUUGAGAUUGCUGUAACAGAUCUUUUACCAUGUAUGCCAUACGGAAUGGAAAAGAGAGGGAGGGGGGAUGCAAACCAAACUGUUCCUGAUUAUUACCCACAGCCUUCGGUGCCCGAGCGUUUGUGUCGCUGUCUGUACUGCACAAUACAUAGUCAGACAAGCUGGGUUGAAGGCAGCCAGGAAAUCAUUGCAGGAUGGGAGGAGCGUAGCAUCACUAUCUGCAUAAUUGUUUUUAAUAAUCAGCUUGAGAAGGGGCAUUGACAUUGGACAGACAUCUUACAGCUUCUUUUUUGCUUUGCGUUCUGUUUUCGUGACUGUUACAGAUAAUUCAGCCUUUUUGUUUUCUCUUCCUUCAGUUUCUUUUUAUUUUAACUGCUGGGAUGAGCUUUUUCUCCCGAAGGACUUGGGCGUGGGGAGAAUAAGUAACUGUUGGUAGAUUCCUACUGCCCCCGAGAGACCCUGCUGCCACAAUCACUGUCUUGCCCCGUGAUCUGUGCUUCUCGUGUGGUUGCUGCUCCUGCAUGAGCUUCCUGUUGCUUCUGUGCCCAUUUCUGUGCUCUUCGUCUCUCUCUUUCUCUCUCUAAUAAAUGAUGUACAGUAGCUGUGUAAGAAGUGCAUGUGUGCCAACUUUGCCCUUGUGGUGCAACAUUUCAGCUUUUGCCCACUGUACAGUUAUUGGUUUUGUUCCUUUUUGUUACUAAAGCAAAGGUUGACCUUACUCCUUUUCCUCGUCACAGAUCCAAUUGCGUGCCCGCCGUUUGCUCACCACAACACAUUUUAAACUGAAGUGCCAGGCGAAAUUCUGUUUCUUCCUGUCGGUUUGACUAGAUAGCUUCCUAGCCCUCUGUGUUUAGUUUGCAGUGCUGUAAAUGGCAUGCUCUGUGCUUACGACUCGGGAUUUGCUUUCCUCACCAAAGUCAUAUUUGUAAAUUCUUUGCGGUUUUUGUUUUAUUUUGCUCUUUUUGUUAACGUUUCCCACUACUGCUGUACAUGCGUCGUGAUAUAUAUAUGCUAGUCAGCAGCACCUUGCUGUAGAUAUUAAAGGAAAUGGCAGUUUAGUUCUUUUAUUUUCCAGUAGGAGUAUUGAAUCUGUCAAACAUAUUAUGUAGAGAUGGUCCCACACUUAUAUUUUUCCUGUUUCGAGUUUUUUUAAGAAAGGCGCUGUUCAUUAUGCAAAAUCAAUUAUUUUAAGAAUUGCUAUUGUAAAUAUCUUUGUGAAUAUUUUAGUAUUGUCUUUGAUAAUAUUCAACAUUUUCAUGAUCUGGUUAUACUUUUGCUGGUGUUUUUAAAUACCUUGUCUGAAGAAAAAUAUGGGUCCUUUUUUAAAAAAAGAAAAUUGAGGGUUCUUUAACAGAAUAAGGGAGUUGCUUGUUUUUGUUUUGUUUUUAAUUCCCCCCCCCAUUUUCUUUUGAUAAAUUAGCCCAGAUUUCAUAUCCAUUGAUGUGAUGAAUGAAUUGAUACACCGGGCAGUACCUGGACAAUCGGGGCCCAGCUUCAUUGUGGAAACAUAAUUAUAAAAGAUUGCCUAGGGCAAAAAAACCCCAAGUAACCAACCGAUGUUCCCUGAUUGUGGGCGACUGUGGGCUGGUGGUGGCAGAGAUGUGGUUUGUUUGCCCGGGGGAGCCGAGCAGCUGGGAGCAGCUCUGAACGGGUGACGAUGCACCAAGGCAAGCAGCGGGUCUGAGGGACCGCACUGAUGUCACUGCUCCGGUCCCUGAAAAAGGGGCACGGUACCGAGGGAUGUCGGUGGGUGGGGGAGGGAAACAGUUACAGUUUUUUAUUCUGCUUAGAAGUGUCUUUUUUUUAAUUAUUAUUAUUAUUGUUAUGUGGGCUUGACAACCUGUAGAAGUACUCUGCAGAAUAUUAAAGAUACCUUGGUGUAACACAUGGUCAUGGUGUGGUGCUGCUAUCACACAAUUCCUCAGAAAGACCGUUCUUCAGUUACAGAUGUGUUUUGUAGCCGUUUUACUGUAGUAGAUUCCCCCUGUAUUUUUGCUGCAUUGUUUAUGUAGGUAUUGAAAUCAUUUGCAGGGCUGGCUAAUGAUAAUCUGACUUUAUGCCCUUAGAGUUUGGGUUUUUUGUUGCAGGGGGGAGGGCAGGGAGUUUCUUAAGCCAUAGGUUUGGGAAUAAAGAUUUCUCACUGUUAGCUGGAACUGGUUGCUCAAACUUUUUUAAUGGAUUCUAUUUAAUAUUCACAAGCAACUAAGUCACCUGAAAUUAUUUUUCUCUUAAACACAACAUCAUAUUUUAAACCAGCUGUGUUAAGGAUUGACCUUUUGCUAACUGGUAGUAUUUAAAAAGUACCUGUUGGAAAGGAUGAAGGGAAAAAAACCCCACAUAAAUGUUAGCAGUAUGUUUGGAGCAGUGUUUGCAUCUGCUGUGUAAAAUAAUAGAGAAUUAAAGUGGACGGCUGACAUUUUUAAGCUUACAGAAACAUUUGGUUUCAAGGCAGAACUUAAAGAGAGAAAACACAAUUUUUACCCAUCACCCAAAUAUUAGACAUUUGAGACAGUUUAAAAACUUAUCUGUCAGCUAAAAUCAGGUACUGUGUAGUGGAGUCAGUAUGAAAAAGCUUCUAAAUGAAAAUCUAGUUAUUAUUUUUAUCUGUUCACUGCCGUAUUAAAGUUUAGAAAAAGAAACAAACUAGCAAAUAGGGUAAUCACAGUCAUUUCUUUUAAAGCUUAAUUAUUAUAUGAAAUUCCAGUAGUAUUUUUCUUCUUCUUUUUUUUGUUUGUUUGCUUUUUAAUUGUUUCCCUAUGGAAGUUCAUCUGGGAAAGAACCCACAGAGAUCUACAGUUCUGCUGCCAAGACAUUACUAUAGGACUGACAGAGACACGCCAAUGUCUGCAGCGGAGACUCAAGGGACAGCUGUACAUAUGUAAAUGACAAAUAGAGACAUGUUAACAGAAAUGCAUUCAUUUUCCUUGGAAUGUGCAUUGUUUUUAUUUCGCAGGAAAAAAAAGCUUGAAGCUCCAUCUUAUGUGGAAAAUGAAUCCUGUUUGUUAGCGUUUGUGGAGUCUCAGCAUUUGUUUCACUUUCACUUCUGUAAUAUACUCUGAUCCUUUGUUUUGUUUUAUCUACAUGUAAUAUUUAGCUUACGUGUACUAGUCUAUCACCUGUGUAUUUUUAGGGUGCUACAGAAAUAAUGAAGAAAAAUACGGGGAUUAAAAAAAAAAAAAAGAAAAAAAAUUGUAACCAAAUUCAUACUUUGUACAAUUUUUGAUAUCACGAUCAGAGGAGAAUUAAAGAAAAAAAAGUACAAUCUGAAGUAACAUGCAAAAAUGGCCAUUGUCUUUGUUUGUACAUUGUAUGUACAGUACAAUGCAAUCAUUUCAUACUAAACUGGUCAGAAAAAAUAAUUGUGAUUUUUAGUCUUGCAAAACUGUAUGUAGUUAGAUGAUGUGACAACCUAAUAUUUAUCUAAUAAAUAUGUAUUCAGAUGAAACCUGUA